AAGGAAUUAAGAGUAUAGACGUUUGUACGCAUUUCCAUUUGUAUCUGUUGAAGGCUAGAAAGGCCAGAGUACCUGCCAUUGCUCAUCGACUCGCGCCAGGCGAUCGAACCUGGCGCGAUGUCUGAAAAGAAGGAAAUAGAUGAGAUCGUGGAGGAGUGCUGCACGGUGUUCAGGCGGAGGCAAAUUGAGGGAUCGUUACCAUGUGCCAAGAAAACACUGGACAUCUUGCGAUUAAUCGUGACGAACAAGAAGCACAGCACAGCUGCGGCGCUCAUCGACGAGAUGCGCACAGUGGGCUACAAGAUGCAGACUGCUCGCCCAGUUGAGCUGGCAAUUGGCAACAUGGUGCGCCGCGUCCUUCACAUUAUUCGCGAGGAGGCCAAGCAGGAGGAGAUCGAGGAGGCAAAGCCCUCGUACUCCCAGCCGAUCAACGCGGAGGCGUCUCGCACGCAGGCCGGCGGCCUGCUCUCCCAAGCCCUCAAAGGCCGCCUCCAAAUGGCUCGCGGCCCCUCCCUCUCAAACCUGCUCGACGCGGGAAUCGACCCCGGGUCAGGCGGCUUCGUCUGCUCCCUAGCCCCCAUCCAGGAGGGCCCCGGCCCCGCCUCCUCAGCCCCAGGGGACCGCCACAGCGGCGCCAACCUGCCCGAACCCACCUUCAGCACCCCCAGCGCUCUGGCUGCGGGCAUGGCGUCGCUAACACUGGGGGGAGGCGGGGGAGGCGGGGGUGCGAGUGCUGCGGAGCGGGGAGGGGACUACGAGGUGGAGUCGCAGGCGUCCACCCGGCGGCCCCCGGGGAAGGCACCCAGGAACUGGAAGGGCAAGCACGAGGUUAUUGAGAGCAUCAACGAGCUGAUCGACGAGCUGGACCACAUCCAGGAGGGCAUCACGGCGCAGGGGGUGGAGCACAUACACGCGAAUGAGGUCAUCCUGACCAUGGGUAUGUCCGACACGGUGUAUCUGUUCCUGCGGGAGGCGGCCAAGAAGCGGGAGUUCCAGGUUGUAGUUGCGGAGGGCGCCCCCCGCUUCGACGGCCACCUGAUGGCUCGGCGGCUGGCGGACGCGGGCAUCCAGACCACCCUCAUCGCCGACUCGGCCGUGUACGCCAUGAUGGCGCGAGCGAACAAGGUGCUGGUGGGCGCCCACGCGGUGCUGGCCAACGGCGGGGUGGUGUCCCCGGUGGGCUGCCACAUGGUGGCGCUGGCUGCCCGGCGGCACUCCAUCCCGCUGGUGGUGCUGGUGGGGCUGCACAAGCUGUCGCCGCUCUUCCCCACGGACCCGGAGCUGCUGUACAAUGAGUUCAAGGGCCCGGCUGACGUCAUCGACUUUGACGUGGUGGGGGAGGCCUUCGUGCAGCAGCAGCAGCUCCACUACGCAGCGCGCGCGUCGGACGGCGCCGGAGCUGCGGGAGCCGCCGACGGCCCCUCCUCCUCCUCCAACCCCGACUCCGCUGGGGGUGCUGCUGCUGCCGGCAACGCCCCGGCCGGUACCUCUGGUGGGCUGGUGGGGGCUGCCGGUGCAGGUGGCAACACCAGCAGCAGCAGCAUCGCCGCCGCUGCUGCUGCCGGCUGCAACUCUCCCCCCCUCAGCGGCAGUCUUCUGGGACUUAACGGCGGGAGCAGCGGGAGCGGCAGCCGUGGGGGUGGGGGCAAGUGGGGGCCCAUGCCUGGUAACGUGCAUGUGCCCACUCCGCUGUUUGACUACGUGCCGCCCAGCCUCAUCUCGCUCUUCAUUACGGACAUGGGCGGUCGUACACCGUCGUACGUGUACCGCCUUCUAACGGAGUACUACUCGCGGGAUGACUAUUUUUUGUCGCGGGAGGUGUUUGGAAAGGAUGGUGCGCGGUGAUGGUGAGGGUGUUCAGAGGAAGGGAAAGGAGGUGGAAACGCGGAUACGCAAGCAGUGUCCUUGUGAGAGGGACCCAGAGGUGGGGAGGAGGUUGGGAGCUAGGCAAGGAGGUUAAGGCAGGGCAAAGGGUCAGGCAGGGUGAAAGGUUCGGGCAAGGAGAGGAGGAGGAGUUAAGGGGAACCUAGAUGCCUGAUCAGGGGGGAUGCAGGAGAGGGAGCCCUACGACAGGAAGUGGAUUUGAGGUAGGGUUUUGGGUGGUGACAGGUGAUUGUGUUGUAUAUGCGAGGAGGGGAGGUGGGAGGGGCACCUCAUCGCGGUUUCUGAACACGGGCGGUAGGGGCCCAGGUCGGGAACGUUUUAGUGCGGGGGCCCGUUUGAGCUUCUUUUUGCAUAACACAACCUGUCUGCGGGCCUCCGGAGGGGGAGGGUGCGUGUUGUUUGGGGUCAGGUGGGAUCACCAGCAUCUGCGAACGAUUAGGCGAACUGAGGGCUAUACGCACUAGACGAUCAGUGGAGGGGAAGGGGCAGGGGGG